UGCCCCCGGUACAUCCGGGUCAUUCGCACGCCCGCACGGUCUCCCGGGUGGUUGCAGCCUGUUCCCUGCGGCUGCCCGGUGCUGCCAGGAUCGGUCUGUCCCCGCAGCGGGGGCUGCGGCCGCGGCGCUGCCUCGAGCCGAGCCGGGAGAGGCGGCUCCGGGUUCCGUCCACGCCCGCUCUGGGGCGGCUCGGUUCUGAAGACAAGCUGCUACAUCAACUCCAUAAGGAGUAGGAAUUUUCCAUUAAGACAUCAAGAAGAUCUCAUCAACUGGUACCUUAACAUGGGGAACCUUCUUAAAGUUUUGACAUGCACAGACCUUGAGCAGGGGCCAAAUUUUUUCCUUGAUUUUGAAAAUGCCCAGCCUACAGAAUCUGAAAAGGAAAUUUAUAAUCAGGUGAAUGUAGUGCUAAAGGAUGCAGAAGGAAUCCUGGAAGACUUACAGUCAUACAGAGGAGCUGGCCACGAAAUACGAGAGGCGAUACAGCAUCCCACUGAUGAAAAAUUGCAGGAGAAGGCAUGGGGUGCAGUUGUUCCAUUAGUAGGCAAGCUAAAGAAAUUCUAUGAAUUUUCUCAAAGGCUAGAGGCAGGAUUGCGAGGUCUAUUGGGAGCCCUGACAAGCACCCCAUAUUCACCUACUCAGCACCUGGAGCGAGAGCAGGCUCUUGCUAAGCAGUUUGCAGAAAUUCUUCAUUUCACACUCCGAUUUGAUGAGCUCAAGAUGACAAAUCCUGCUAUACAGAAUGACUUCAGCUACUACAGAAGAACUUUGAGUCGUAUGAGGAUUAAUAAUGUUCCAGCAGAGGGUGAAAAUGAAGUAAAUAACGAAUUGGCAAAUAGAAUGUCUUUAUUUUAUGCUGAAGCGACGCCAAUGCUGAAAACCUUAAGUGAUGCCACGACAAAAUUUGUGUCAGAGAAUAAAAAUUUACCAAUUGAAAAUACCACAGAUUGUUUAAGCACCAUGGCUAGUGUGUGUAGAGUCAUGUUGGAAACCCCUGAGUACAGAAGCAGGUUUACAAAUGAGGAAACAGUAUCGUUCUGUCUGAGGGUAAUGGUGGGUGUCAUCAUACUCUAUGACCAUGUGCAUCCAGUGGGCGCCUUUGCCAAAACUUCAAAAAUUGAUAUGAAAGGAUGCAUCAAAGUCCUUAAAGACCAGCCUCCUAACAGCGUAGAAGGCCUUCUAAAUGCUCUCAGGUACACAACAAAGCAUUUGAAUGAUGAGACUACCUCCAAGCAAAUUAAAUCUAUGUUGCAAUAACAGUUACCUGGAAUUAGCCCCUGCUGUAAACAGAAGACAGUAUUCUGCAAUGACUGAGAUGCACAGAUUUUUUUUUUUAGUGAUUGCAACUACUAUCUCAUUCAUUCUUGCUUUUUAUUUUCUUCUCUCUUCCUCUUUUCCCUUUUUAAUCACUUUCUUGUUCUUAAGUAAGCUCAGACUUCUUUUCUGUGCCAAAUCAAUGAAAAUGAUCAACUCUGGAAGGUAUUUUUACUUUUCAGAACAGCCAUCCUUAAGUGGCAGCUAAUUAUGCGUUGCGUUUGGAUUUCUCUGUACGGGGAAAGUUCUGUGACUUGAACUAAAUAUUUUUAAACUUGUGGUUUUUUCUUUUUUUGAAAAACUAAUAUUUAAUAUUGCUUCUUCUGCAUGGCAAAACUGCCUAUUUCUGCUAUUUAAAAAACCCUCAAUGACUUCAUUUUCUAUUGCGGCUUAUUUUCAAGUGCAACCUUGAGGAAACAUAAGAGCAGAUUUGUUUAAAUUAACUGUGUUUGUACAAAAUGGUACUCAACACAAAAGUUUUUUUAAAUAAGUAAAGACUGUUUUGUUUAAAAGUUAUGUUUGCAUUUUGACUCAUUUUUGUAAGGAUAAGGAUGUAUGUUGUAUGUUUAACCUUUAAAAACUAACGUUAAAAUAUGUGGUGUGUGCGUAGCAAAAUUACGUAUGCAUGUUCAUGUCAAAUGAUUGGCUGUGGAUAAAAUAAUAAAAAUCAGCUUUCAUUUUUCUAA